AAAUGAGCUGCAUCUAAGAGUGGUUAUACGUAUGCGUUACCAAAUGAGCUGCAUCUAAGAGUGGUUAUACUUAUGCGACCGUCAGAUACGAGAAUCACUGCAGAAUAACAAAAGCAGGUGUUGUAAACAUUGUAAGCAUUCCUCAACCACAACAGUCGACUUAGUUACAGAAUCUUCCUCUGAAUUGACGAUGGAGACUAAACUUGUAUGUUUAGAUCGAACGUUCUCGCUAAUCAACUCAUACGAAGCUCGUUUCUUUCGAUUUCCUUCUUCCUUUUCCGGCAAAACUAAUUUCCGACCUCGGAUAUUAUCACAAGGACCAAUGAGCAAGUCAGUGCAAUGUGCUAUGAAGUCUUACAAGUUAUCGGAACUUUCUGUGUUCGAGGUUGAUAAACUGAAAGCUCGGCCUCGUAUUGAUUUUUCUUCUAUUUUUAGUGUGGUUCAACCGAUUGUUGACGAUGUCCGUACACGGGGUGAUGAUGCGGUGAAAGAAUAUACUGCCAAAUUUGAUAGAGUCAAUUUGGAUGUGGUAGUGGAAGAAGUUGCAGAUUUACCUGAUCCAGAGCUUUCAAUUGUUUAUCCAUUAUUGCAGCUUGAUCCUCAUAUUAGAAAGGCUUUUGAUGUUGCGUAUGAUAACAUAUAUGCAUUUCAUGCUGCUCAAAAGUCAGAAGAGAGAAGUGUUGAGAACAUGAAGGGUGUUAGAUGCAAGCGUGUAGCACGAAGCAUUGGUGCAGUGGGUCUUUAUGUUCCUGGAGGGACUGCUGUAUUGCCCUCCACAGCUCUUAUGCUUUCAAUUCCUGCUAAAAUUGCUGGCUGCAAAACAGUAGUUCUUGCGACCCCUCCAAGUCAGGAAGGCAGCAUAUGCAAGGAGGUUCUCUACUGUGCCAAGAAAGCAGGCGUCACUCAUAUCCUUAAAGCUGGAGGAGCUCAGGCCAUUGCUGCUAUGGCCUGGGGAACGUCUUCUUGUCCAAAGGUUGAAAAGAUCUUUGGACCUGGAAAUCAAUAUGUGACAGCUGCAAAAAUGAUCCUACAGAAUAGUGAAGCUAUGAUCUCGAUUGAUAUGCCUGCUGGCCCUUCAGAAGUUCUGGUGAUUGCUGACAAACAUGCUAACCCUGUCCAUGUUGCAGCAGACUUGCUUUCUCAGGCAGAGCAUGGACCAGAUAGUCAGGUUGUUCUCGUUGUAGCUGGUGAGGAUGUGAAUCUAAGUGCUAUUGAGGAUGAAAUUAGCAAGCAAUGUGAUAGUCUUCCUAGAGGGGAAUUUGCGUCAAAAGCGUUAUCUCACAGUUUUACCGUGUUUGCUCGUGAUAUGGUUGAGGCUAUCUCUUUCUCCAACUUGUAUGCACCUGAGCAUUUGAUUAUCAAUGUGAAAGAUGCUGAGAAAUGGGAGAGCUUCAUUGAGAAUGCAGGAUCAGUAUUUAUGGGGCAAUGGACGCCUGAAAGUGUUGGAGAUUAUGCAAGUGGAACAAAUCACGUCCUUCCAACAUAUGGCUAUGCUAGAAUGUACGGUGGGGUGUCACUGGAUUCCUUCCAGAAGUACAUAACAGUUCAGUCUUUAACAGAGGAAGGUCUGAGAAAUUUAGGACCAUAUGUGGCAGCAAUGGCUGAAGUUGAGGGACUGGAUGCUCACAAACGAGCUGUAACCUUGAGACUUCAGGAGAUUGAGGCACGACAAGGGUCUAACACAAGAUGAUACAACUCUUCUAUGCUCCAUUGACAAGAACCGUUUGUGAUUUAUUUGUACUGAUCAAAAAGUAUUUAUAACUAUGAAAAUGGAUGCAUCGCGUCUUGCCUAAAUGUGCCGUAGCAUCGGUUUUGUGACGAAAGCACCCUUGUUUCAUAGCAUGGUAACUGGCAAUGAACAACUACUGUAUCCUGAAGUAAUAAAAACUGCAACAGGGAACUGUUCGCGCUGCAAUUUUGUUUCAAUCUUUGAUGCCUUUCAUUCUUGUUCA